CCACAAACGAGGAUGCUUUUGUUCGUAACAUGUAAAAUAUUUAGAAAAUUUACCCGAGUACCAUUUUUAAAAGAUAAGGCGGGAUUCUCUUUAAGUUUACAAAAAAUCACAAAGGCCAGCGUGAGAAGAAGCAUCAUCCCGGGCAUGGAUGAAGACGACGGGGACUACGCCACCCUCAGAGAACUGCCGCUGCCGCCCCCCAAUCCGACACAGAGGAUCUCCAACGGGGACGACACAGCCAGCGAGGAAGGCAAGCUUUUGGCUUGCGUUCACGACGAACACAUAACUUACGCUAGCACGAAUCAAGAUUUUGAUCCACCAGUCGAUGCGUACGAAGAAAGGUCGCCUCUUCUUGAUGACGCGUCGGUAAUCGUACACAACAACUAUGUAAACCAGACUCAGAUAGGACCGGCACCGCGUUGUUUGCGCCGAGCCGACUCCGGGAUGAUCCCACACGAAGAAAUUCCCGGUAGAUCGGACUCGAUCAGCACCGAAAGCUCCCAUUCGCCUCCCGACCCGCCGGGCAGCAGCCACAGCGAAACUUCCAGCGGGAUUCACUCGAAUGACAGCGAGCACCCUCUGUCGGCGCCCAAACAAACGAUGACCAAGGACGGCACCGAAUGGAAGAACGACAACGUCAUUAAUAUUACCGAAAAUCCUGCCGAUAAUCAGGAGAAUACCGUUGUUAUACGAAGGAAGUCUAUCAGACCAAAUAAGGUCGAGAUCAUAGCACCCGCCAUACUGGAAGAAGACCCGUACGGCAGAUGUACAAACAUGCGUAUGACCUCGUUCACCGACAAAAGCAUCCAGCAAUCCUGUUCAGCUACGUUACCUCAUUACCCCACCCAACCCGUUCAAAACAUUUACCCUAACUGCUCAACCAUGCCGCUACCCCAGCAUUCGAACAGCAUCCAGGCUAGCGUUAGUAACAUGGUCAACGGUAACAGCUGCAACGUGUAUCCCAGACAGCAUUCCACCAUACCGACCCAUCAUAACGGAGUAAAACUAAUUACGAAUAACAUUAAUCCUUAUGCGAAAAGAUUGGCUACGAAAAUUGGUGAACCCAUGAAGUACGAGCCGAUUUAUACGGCUAUAAAUAGAAAAUCUGGUGAAUUGUAUCAUUAUACGUCAUAAAUCUGACAUAAUUAUCCAUUGGUACGUUAUAAGUACGUUACAACGUCAUAACGUCAUAAUUACGACAUUAGUACGUCAUACGUAUGUUAUAACGUUAUAAGUACAAGUACGUUACAAGUACAGCAUUAGUACGUCAUAAAUACCCUAUUAGUACGUCAUAAUGUCGUUAGAAAAACGAUUUGAUUCAUUUUAGGACAAGGUGAUGCAAAUGAGAUGUUCAAUUCAUAUUAUAAGACAGUUGUUUUGAUCCAUUUAACCAACAUAAUUCCUGAGAUUAAAUUAUUUAGUAGACGUGGCAACAGUGUGAAAUUAUCUGUCAAAACUACGAAAUUGACUGAAUAUUAUUAUUUUGAUGUAUAAUUUUAUACGAAAGACAUGUCUGGUGAUCAUGUCGGUCAUUCCAAAAAUUUCAAUCACCGAUAAAUACUCAUUUUUAUAAAAAAGUUAUUUCCAACUCUGUCGAUUCAAAAAUAUUGAAACCCUAUUUGCAUCGCAUGGAAUCGUUUUUACUUUUUCGACGUACGAUGAGAUUGUUAGAACCCCCACACGUUAUAUUUAUGGUUGUGCAUACAGGGCUUAUCAGGAAAUGAGAUAUUAAAGUUUAGGAAAUUGGAAAUAUUAAGAAAGAUUGGGUGAAUGGGGCAACGGCACGGGGUCAGAAGGAAAAUUGCCAAUUAAGGCCGGAGAAAAUUAGUUUCGUGUAUCCUAUUGACUGCGCCAAUUCAUCGACUGAUUUUUUUAAUACAGGGCGAUUCAGACUUUAUAAGAAAAUGACCAAUAUAUUUGAUGGAAGGAUGAUUUGUAAACCUUAUCUUUCUUAAAAUUUUCCGUAAACAAAAAAGAACUGAUAUUUAAAUAAUUCUAAUAAUAUUAUUUCUUUUCGGCUCUGUAGGAAAUUUUGUUUAUAAUUAUUAAUAAAAAAACUAUACGUCUUCAUAUAAUAUACACGCACUAGUCAAAAAGUCAUGAUUUUAUAGAUUUUUUUAUAAAAAUUUUAUAUUUUGUAAAAUCUAUUUAGGCGAAUAUCAUUUAGAAACAAAAAUAUUGGUGACCUUCGUUGGAGCUUACAAACUAAUGAUAAAUUCGAGAUUUUUAUUCGUAAAUUUAGUUUGAAUGGACGCUGUGUAUAGGGUGUUCAAAAACUGAAGAUUUUAAUAUUAUAACAAGGUAUAAUGCAGGUAAAAAUAAGGCAGAAAAUUUCUAUCAUCACAAAUCCAAAAAAUACCUUAUAAUGGAGGUGUUGAAUGUAAGUAGUACGAGGCCACAGUAGUCACAAUAUAAGAAGAGCUGACACUUGACACACGGCAGACAGUUGACAUGAGAAAUGUAAGUAAUCCAAUGAAUGAAUGAAAGCCAAUGUGCGUAUUAUAUCAAUAGAACAAGAUGCGACUCUAUGGGCGCAGCCAUUUUUAUUUCUUAUCUCACUCGGAAGUAUUUAUAAUAACCAUUUUCUGUUUCACAUUGUUAUUGUUCAAUCCACAAGGUGGUCGAUCAAACAAUAACAAAGUGAAAUGGAAAAUGCUUGUUAUAAAUACUCCCGAGUAAGAUGAAAAAUAACCUGUCUUCGCCCAUAGAGUCGCAUCUCAAGCCUAUUGACAAGCAUUCUACCCCCACUCCAGUUCAUUGAAGUAAUCUAUGAUGAACGUCUAAAUUCAGAACCAAAUGGAAAAACAGUGUUGCCAGAUUUUUGACGAAGAAAUGUCAUCUGUCAACGCAUCUUUCAGUAAUUACUCGCGCAUUUUUAUUGACUCCCCAUACUAUUAGAUUAAUUUAAGGUCUCCCUCGAACAACACUUAUUAACUAACUUAUGAGAAGGAAAAUACAAAAUCAAAUUAGGAUUAAAUAUUAUUUAUUAAAAAAAUAGUAACCUUUUUUUUAGAUCAUGUUGAGGCUUAAAAUAUUUAUUAAGUCGAAAUGGAUACCCUCUGGGGGCGAUAAUAUUAUCAUUUAUAUUCACUUUAAGACUUCUAAAUUAAAUUCAAAACAUACAUGCUUCUCUAACCAUACUUUUAAAAGUGACCGAAUGUCAGUUACGUUAUGUACUCAUGAAAAAAGAAGACGUGAAAAGGCGAGAAGAAGACUAAUACAACUGGCAACACCGUUUUUCCAUUUGGUCCUCAUUUAGACUCUCCCUAAUCUAUGGAUGUAAUAAAGUGGAGUGUUACAAUUAAAUUAAAUCCGUAUUUCAGUUUUAUUAAUACCAUCCAUGUCUUAGUUACAAAUAACAAACAUUAUAGAAGGAAAGGAAACCCUGAAGAUGGUUAUCUAACGAUAUUUUCGAAACUGAUACCAAAAAAUACUUCAAAUUUUGGAUUUAUCUUAAAAUUAAUUUCUGAGACACCACAACUAGGGGAAAAUGGCGUAAAAAAGUACAAAAAAUGUUAGUCAUUUUUUAGACUCUAGUUGUGACGUCCCAUAUCUAAACUGCCAGUUCACACUUGUCAGCAUUUUGACAGGUCUUUGGAAUGCCUAAUUCUGAAUGUGACAAUUAGUUCAAAGACGUAUUCUAACUGGGACGCCACAACUAGAGGAAAAUGGCGUAAAAAGUACAAUAAAAUGUUGGUCCUCUUUUACAUUCUUCCCUAGUUGUGACGUUCCAGUUAGAAUAUGUUUUUGAACUAAUUGUCACAUUCAGAAUUAGGCAUUCCAACGACCUGUCAAAAUACUGACAAGUGGGAACUGACAGUUUACACAUGGCAACCCUAGGCGAGUUCGGUCAGUCAGGGGCUGGAGCGGGACAAAUUUUAGGGUGCUUUUAAAUGACAUUUAAGCGUGUUAAACUGUCACUAAUCGGACUAAACCGAAC